UAGCACAGACAGAACCAGCAGGUACAGACUGAAAGAAGGAGCUCAGUGAAAGCUGAUACGAUGUGCUCGGACUUACCUUGAACAAAGUGACCAACGGAACGCCUGGACCAACUUUAUAAGAGUCAACUUGCAAAGUCUGAAAACUCGAAACUUUUUCCAGUUCGAUAGAGAUGAAGUUGGAUGGUUUAUUGGGGAUUCCUGGUUCUUCCACAAACCCAGACUGUGAAAAACUACAGGUUCUCAUGUAAAAGAUCGAAGCAAAGCCCAUGAGAAUGUUUGUUUUACUGGCUCUUCUUCUCAGCCUCCAGGCAGUUGUGCACAUUAAACCAGCUAAAGCCAGUCAGUCCUGUACAAUAACAUCUGAUGGGCGUUCAGCAGACUGUAAAGGUCUACGGCUGGAUCAUGUGCCUAUAACAAAUCUGCCUGCCUCUCUAGAAGAGCUCGACCUGUCUUUCAAUACCAUACAGGUCAUCAUCAAACAAGAUCUGUUCAAACUUAGUCAACUGAGAGUACUCAAGCUUAAUUACAACAACAUCUCUCUAGUUGUGGAUGAUGCCUUUCAUGGAAACAUUUUUUUGGAGUAUCUGAACUUAUUUAAUAACUCUCUGACAGAAAUUCCAUUCAAAGCUCUUAAACCGCUCACAAAUUUAAGGGUUUUGGAAAUGUCCAAUAAUUUGUACACCAAAGCAUCUCUGGAUGCUUCUUUUUUGAAUUUCACCCAGUUAAAAGAGCUGUCCAUUGGUGGAUCGCUGGUCAGUAGUUUGGGAAGCCAUGACAUUUAUGUGUUGAAGAAAAUCUCAUUGGACAAGUUUGCCAUUAAAACCGGUACUGGUUUUAAAAGUUAUGAACCUGGGUAUUUUAGCAACCUCAACACAAAAAACUUGUGGUUCGAUAUAGCUUUUGACAAAAAGCCAGAUAUGCUUCCUAUGAUAUUGAAAGAUCUGGCGAACAAGACUUUUGAUGUGCUACGUUUCCGAAACCUUUUUGAAUUUCAGUACUAUACUGGUAAACAUGAUAUUUUUAAUGGCCUGCAGUAUGUAAAUACUCAACUCCUAACCUUCUAUCGUGGUAAAUUCAAUGAGGGAGUUAUGAGAAUGGCUCUGGUAAAUUUGGCAAUCAGUUCAAUCAAAGGCCUGGAACUGCUGCUCAUUGACUUUGCUCGUUCACAGAACAGAUCACAGGGAUCCAGUGUAACAAACUUGACCUUGGACAAGCUUGUGCUCUCGGACAUUAGUAAUCCAGAUAUAAUGCGCUUCGACUGGAGCUUUACCUGGCUCAAUCAUGUCCGCCAAUUCAUUGUAUGGAAUGUGAACUUCAACAGCGUACCAUGUGACUCGUGGCUGGAGAUGAAAAGUGUUGAGCUUCUGGACAUCUCUAACAACCAGCUGAGGGACAGUUAUAUUUAUAACCCACUGUGUGACACUAGAAAUGCGCUGCACAAGCUUGAAACCUUCAACGUCAGUCGCAAUCGACUUAACAGCCUCAGUGACUUAGCAUCUCUGACCAAAGACUUUGUUAAGCUGACUACGAUCGAUAUGAGCCACAACCAGCUGCAAUAUAUGGGUAAACGUCACUGUUCCUGGAGACCGACCAUUACCAAAGUAAUCGCUCAUCAUAAUAGUCUGACGUGGGACAGUUUUAAGUGCCUUCCCUUUUCUGUAAGCUUCCUCGAUCUUUCGUACAGCAGCCUAGACCAGCUUGACAUGGACUAUUUUAAUAAGGCAUCCAAUCUGACUGAGCUCCUCCUCAGUGGCAACAAGAUCAAGUUCAUCCCUUCCGGCUGGAGGAAUCCAUACUUGAGGAUGCUCGCUUUAGAUGGGAACUCUUUUGGACUUGUUAGCAUGACAUCUUUUAAGGACAUGCCUAGCCUACGCAUCCUGACCGCAGGCAACAACCCUUACCAUUGCACCUGUGAUCUCUAUACCUUCAUACAGGAAACCACAAGCAAGGGCAAAGUGACCAUCACGGACUGGCCAAAGAACUACAAGUGUUACCAUCCUGAGCGUCUUCUCAACACAAUGGUAUCAAAAUACUUCCCUGGUCAUUUAGCCUGUAAUAUUACACUCGUUAUCAUCAUCUGUGUGUCAACAACGGCGGUCAUUGUCCUUGGUCUAAUGCUUCUGUGCUACAUUUUUCACGUGCCAUGGUAUAUAAAAGCUACAUACCAGAUCAUCAGAGCCAGGUACAGGGCUCAUAAAGAAGGUUCAGGCCAGGCUAUGGACUACACCUUUCAUGCUUUCAUCUCUUACAGCCAUGCGGAUGCAGACUGGGUUCGAGAGCAGCUGCUCCCUUGUCUAGAGAACUCUAAGCCUCCUUACUGCCUCUGCAUCCAUGAAAGAGACUUCACUCCAGGGAAGUGGAUCAUUGACAACAUCAUUGAGAACAUUGAAGAUAGUCGCAAGGUAAUCUUCGUGUUGUCGCGGAACUUUGUGAACAGCGAGUGGUGUAACUACGAGCUCUACUUUGCCCAACAGCGGGCCAUUGGCAAGACGUUCAGUGAUGUCAUCCUGAUUCUGAAGGAGCCCAUAGACCCCACUUCUCUUCCCAGUAAAUUCUGCAAGCUCAAAAGGAUGCUCAAUACCAAAACCUACCUAGAGUGGCCCCAGCAACCAACAGAACAGAGCUUUUUUUGGGUCCAGCUGAGGAGUGUUCUGGGCAAACCAAACAUCAUAAGACAGCGUACGACCAGCCGGCAUAGUCGCCUGUCUUCAGUGAGGUCUGUUUCCCUGAUGGAGCUGCCACAGGACCAGAGUUCUGCAGGAACCAAUGAAGAUGCCCACCAAAUCAGUGAUGAGCCUUCUAAUAGAUGUCAACAAACUUUAGAGAACUUGCUUGAAGGACAUAAAUACAAAAACAACAUGGUUUCAAAACUGGAAGACGCAAUGGAAGGCCUGAUUACAGUGUUCCACACAUACUCCUCCAAAGAGGGAGACAAGUGCAAGCUAAACAAAGCUGAACUCAAGAGUUUGCUUCAGGGAGAACUCAGUGACUUUUUAGCAGCAAGCAAAGACCCUAUGGUUGUGGAGAAGAUCAUGUCUGAUCUGGAUGAGAACCAGGAUGGAGAAGUGGACUUUCAGGAGUUUGUUGUGCUGGUGGCUGUUAUCACAGUGGCAUUGUCUGGCAGCACUGUGUUCCUGUUAGAGCCACCAGCACAAGCACCAGACGAUGCUGAUCCAGGUGAAAGCCCCAGUGCAGCAGCAACAGCACAUGGAGACGAUGAUGAGGAGGAGACCAUCUCUCUGGAUUCCAGAAGGCAUGAGAUGGUCUGCAAUGCUGACUGUGUGAUCAGCAAUGUUGUGGCAAAAUGGCCUGGCUCAGUCCAUGACUCCAGAAUCUUUCGGGCCUCUGAAAUCUAUCAGUGCCUAUCACAAGGUGAAUUCUCUGGUGUGUUGCUGGGAGACAGGGGGUAUGGCUGCCAGCCUUUUCUCUUGACACCUUUCACAGACCCCCAGGAAGCACAGCAGGCCUACAACCAUGCCCAUGCCAGGACCAGGGCCAGAGUUGAAAUGACCUUUGGCCUCCUGAAGGCACGCUUUCAAUGCCUUCACAAAUUAAGGGUCAACCCUGUUAGGGCAUGUGAUAUUACUGUGGCUUGUGCUGUCCUCCACAAUGUGGCCUGCUUGAGGAAGGAGAGGGCCCCCAGAGUGCCACCAGCCAUGGACUGGGACAAUCCGGCAAUCUUCCCUGAUGACGACAGUGACAAAAACAACAUGGUUUCAAAACUGGAAGACGCAAUGGAAGGCCUGAUUACAGUGUUCCACACAUACUCCUCCAAAGAGGGAGACAAGUGCAAGCUAAACAAAGCUGAACUCAAGAGUUUGCUUCAGGGAGAACUCAGUGACUUUUUAGCAGCAAGCAAAGACCCUAUGGUUGUGGAGAAGAUCAUGUUUGAACUAGAUGAGAACCAGGAUGGAGAAGUGGACUUUCAGGAGUUUGUUGUGCUGGUGGCUGCUAUCACAGUGGCAUGUAAUGAUUUCUUUGUAGAGAGCAUGAAGAAUUGAUGUUUUUCCAUGUCUCUCUUAAGCUGUGUCAUUUUGUAAACCUCAUUUAUCAGAAAUAAAGACUCUAGUGAUGUGCA